CCGCCCGCUUCUCCGCCUCUUCCUCCUCUCUCUCUUUCUUCCUUCAUCCAAUCCUCGACCUAAAACGUCGUACACCUCUUCUUCACACUAGCGGUUUCCGACUCACGGAGGCCUCCUGCUCUUCCCCUGUGAGAACCUCAAGAGACGGGUCAUGUCAACGACUGGGGGGGCCUCCGAAUCCACGGUGUAUUCGGCGGAGACGGCCAGGAGGCCGUCGGAGGCUGCCACGUCGUCGACGCAUUCUCAGGCGCAGCCUCGGCGAUUCGACGUGCCACAGGGGCACCUCCUUCGUAACUUCUCCUUCCCGAUCUUGAAGACAUGUGGGAACCAGCGGGUGCUCCGCUGCAUGAGCGUCAACGGAAAGGGCGAGGCCAUCGGCGGCGGGGCAGCCUGCCGGACAUCCUCCGAGGCGGUGGGUGGCGGAAUAUGUGUCCCAGAGUGUGGCGGUGAUGACGACGGCGGGAUCGAGGAGGUGAGGGAGAAGCUAUUGGUUCACCUCCGGGAGGCAGCGGACCGGAUGAAGCUGGUAGUUCCACCACCGAUGCCGCCGCCUCCUAAGGGCAGGGAGACCCAGACUGAGCCAGAGAGGGAAGCGGAAGCGGAGCCGUCGUUGUCAGCUGCGGCUCGGCCUUCGAAGCUGAGGACGAGACGACGGAGAUCUAGAGCUCCGGCGGUGUUCGAGCUGCAAGCGAUUGCGUCGCGACCGGAGGCCGCAGAGAAGAGGGCGGUGCGGCUGAGGUCGGGGUGCACGGAGCCAAAAGAGCGCACCAAGUUCUCGAUUACCCUCACUAGGGAGGAGAUCGAGGAGGACAUCUACGCGGUGACGGGGCACAGGGCUCGCCGGCGGCCCCGAAAGCGCCCCCGCCUCGUCCAGAAACAGCUCGAUUUGUUGUUCCCCGGUUCAUGGCUGUCGGAGAUCACCCUCGACACAUACAAGGUCCCCGAUUAGAGGCAAGGUCAUCUCUGCUGAUGUCAGUCCUUCCCUUCUCCGCUCCGCCGAGGACGCUAUCUUAGUCAUUAAUCCCUCGUCGCCGUUGAUUGAUCUCUAAAUUCUCCAACUUCCAUCGCUCCAAUACAUUGCAGCAGCAGAGCUCUUUUACAGUUGUUCUUUCGGUAAGAGCCGACUUCUAUUCAACUGGUCUAUUUUAGUACUUCUCAUUGUUCGCUGCCGUUGGUGUACUUCGAAGCAAUCAUUCAUUAGCGCCCAUAUCUUUGUUACAGAAGUAGAGAGAUUCAUCGUGUAUUUAUCUGAUUGCUGCUUCGAUUUCCAUUGCUGAUGGAUAAAGUAGUGAUGCUAAACGGAUUAAACAGCAAGCAGUCAUCUUGUACGAUGAAGGAUGAUGAUGAGAAUGAGAACAAUGAAGGAGGAAAAAGCGUGGUUGCGGGGUGGAUCAUGGUCAACGAUUUGCUCUCGAGUCGCGGUCCUCUCCUGUGCCGCACAGGACACCAUGGUGCAGCAGGCAGUCGGAAUCGUGAGCGGGUACGGAAGCUUCGCGGACGGUUUGAUCCAGAUCUCGCAGAGGAGGUUCGGUGCAGGAGGGACUCGAUCCCGUUCCCUAUCGAGACCGGUUCCUGACGCGGCGGCCACGGAUUGAUUGGAAACUUGUUGGACGUCCGGUUGUUUCUUGGGCUGGCAAAAGGCUUUGGGUCGUGAAUGAGUUCGAUUCAUUGGCCGCUGUAUUUUAGGUCACAUUCUUGUAAUUAUUUUAGCUGACGUAAUACUAUUUCUAUUUUUUA